AUGACAGCGAAGAAACCUAAAAAGGAAGCAAGAAAACUGACGCCGCGGUCGCCGCCGACGAACACCACCGGGGUGGAGAUGGCUCCGCCGGCCCGCGACGAUUACGAGUACCUAACCCCGACGCUGGCGCUGCCCCCGGGCGUCUACUUCAACCCGACGAACGAGGAGAUCGUGCACACCUACCUCAAUGGGUGGAUCGCCGGGCACGACACGUCCGGCGCAGAGGCGGCUGUCGUCAUCGAGGACGACGUCUAUGGUGACAGACCCGACGUGCUAGCGCGCAGGCACCUGUCGGCCAGCACCCGAGACUCCGACCCCAACUGGUGGUUCUGCUGCCACUGCAAGGUGCAGGCCAUGCGCGGCGGCGCCGGCCACCGGGGCGACCGCGGCGUCGCCACGGGAGGCUACUGGAAGCUGGAGCAGACCACGAAGGAGGUGAGAUGCGAGGCGGACGGCGAGCACAUCGGGUUCAACCGCAGCUUCGGGUUCUACGUCGAGCACGAGGGGGAGAAGGAGAAGACGCGGUGGCUCAUGGAGGAGUACACCAACGUCGACCACCCGGACGAAAGAUAUACCGCCCAGAAGAUCAGUGGCAGAGAUGUUGGGGACGAGCACGACGACGGUGGGCCUGUGAAGGUUGCCCGCGUGCAGGUUCCGGAGGCUUACUUAUGCGCCGCCGCGGCGUUGCUGUCGCCGUCGAGCGUUCGUGGUGCCGGCCAGGAGGAGCCGCAGGGCGGCUUUGAAGCGCCGCCGCCGCCACCUUCGAGCGUUUUCAGUGAGUACCGAGGUGAUGAGGCCGCGUCGUCGGACGAUGAUCACGGCAUGACAACGAACGAGAGUCUCCUCGAGGAGACGCAGGGCAGCACCGGCGGCGACGACUGCCCUGAGCUGCGUGUUCUCGUUACAAUGAACGACCACGGCAUGCCGGCGUGGGAGAUGGGCAUGGGCGGAGGAUACGUUUUCGCCGACACGUCUUGGAUCGACGAACACUACCAGAACACUGAGUGA